CUCCACCCACACAAACUAACAUGCACACAACACACACAGUAUAAGUUGCUCCAACUCGUUAACGAACAACAUUCCGGUUUAGUAGCCGGACAGUUCUGGAUACAGCAGUUUAACGUGUGUGUGUGCGUUUCCCUUUUUACCCAAAGUGAAAUGAUGAAAAGAUUUUAAAAUUCACACGGGAUGUGCCGCUAAAAAAAAAAAAAAUGAAAGAAAAUGAAUUUAAUAAUAUUCUUUAGAAGAUAAAAAUACCUUGUGUGAAAAUCGGUUUCGGUGUGUGUAAGGGCAGGGGGCGAUAACAACCCAAAUCUCUUUCCCCUUCCUUUUUUAAGUGCAUAAGCGGCUUGAGUGUUGCAUACUAAGUGUCAUCACCGCUUUUUGGACACACAAUACGUCCUUCUCUUUCAAUGGAUGAGCCCUUUUAUCGUCUUUUGUGCUCUUGUCGGAGGAAUCUUUCGCAAUUCUCUUGAUGUGAGCAGCGGAAUCCGACGGAGGGCAACAGGAGCGGCACACAAGAAGAGACGCGACACAAUCACGGCUUUGAAGGUGGCGUCAUGGAAAACGGCUGCAGGGGCGAUAGUAUGAAACGGCCACCGAAAAACACUCGGCGACCGGGCGCGGACUGCCGCAGUUCGUCCGCUAAAAUCUCUUUGAUGUUGUUCUUCUUGGCGUACGUCUCAAUGGGCGCCUACGUCUUUAUGCUGAUCGAGGCUUCGUCAUCGUCUACUCAUUUCUAUCAUCAACACUCGCCGCCGACAGAAGAGAUUAGGACAGCAAUAGAGGGAACGUUGCUGACCACAUCAGAACCUACAACAACAACAAUUGAUGGGAUCUCAGAUACCUCUAAUGCUGCAGACGUGACCCAAAUGAAGGACUUGAUGACUCGCCAAGUGCUUGAUAAAUUGUGGGAUAUUACGGAAAAUUUGAAUAUCUUGUACAAAGAGAACUGGACUCGGCUGGCUGCCGGCGAGAUUUACCGUUUUCACGAAACGAUGUAUCUGUGGAUGAAGAAGGAUUGUAAUAAUCGGCGAAAAUCUCAGGAAAUGAUGGUAGUUGGACAUCAACUUACCACAGCAUCUACUCCAGCAUCUGCCACUGCUGGCCAUCGUCAGCACAUUUCCACUGUCAAGUGGAAUUAUCCCACUGCAUUUCUGUACGCUCUCUCUGUCAUUACCACUCUGGGUUCGUGCCCAGUGAUUCCCGAAUCAAACGAAGGCAAAAUUCUAACUAUUCUCUACGCUGCUUUCGGCAUACCUCUGCUUUUGUUUUACCUGACUGCUGUGGGUUCGACAUUUUCUUCUUGUUUGAUGCAAUGCCCAUUAUUGGAUUUUCGAUAUCGCUCGUCAUCAUCUCCGUCAACGCGACGGCGACGAGAUCAGCUCUCAUCCGUUGCUUCGGGCCAUAACAUGUCGGCAGUGCCAACAGUAGUAAUGACAACACGUCUCGACUCAUCUCUGAGCCACCAUCAGCAGCCGAACGAAUUGUUAUUCCAUCAUCCGAUGAAAACGGCCGCCGUCAUCGUCAAAGAUGACGAGUCGAUCGAGGCAACAUCGUCGACAUCGAGCAGUAACGACGCCAACAGGCGUGUGUUAAGGAUCCACUCCUUUUGGCCCCCACUCUUAUGCUUGAUACUGAUUCUCAUCUUCAUCGCUUCCGGCACCUGCGUCUUUAGUUCACUCAUGUCCUUGUCUACGAUGGAUGCAUUACUGCUCAGCUUUAUGCUCUUGACAACAACGGGCAUCCCAGACGCCCAUUCAGUCGUAUGGACUGGACAAUCGUCAUGGCCGUUAAUGGCAGUUUCAAUUUACAUUUUUCUCGCCCUGACGUUGUGCUCCAUCUGUUUCAGUUUGAUCUACGAGUGGCUCUUGUCUGAAGGACCCUCAGUCAAUUCCUGCGAACCCUCAGUUGAUAGUGAAGGAACUCGUCAUCGAAGAUCCAAUAGCCUCCGUUCCUGAAACUCCAUUUUCUGAAAUUGUGCAUUU